CAGACGCAGUGCCUCGCAGGAUUCCUCUGGUGUUGAAUUUCACUUACUGAAAUUUCUCAUUUGCUAACGCCGCUGCUAAUGUCAUGAUACUUCGGUAUUUUAGCGACGUGGUUCUGAACGUGGAAAAUAUUGCACGAGAUAAAUAAUAACUCUGUUAAUUAUAAAGUGAAAAAGUUUCUGUGUGAAAACUGCCGAGACAAAGUAAGCAAACCGAGCCCAGUCAAGUGCAAGAGCGGUGAUGGAAAACAGUCUUGGUACAAGGUAGCAUUUAUUGAAUUUGAUAAUCGUCGUCAUAAAAAUAAUUUAUCGUCGUCGUAAAAAUAACGUCAAAACAAGACAAUUUUUACCUCUUUGACCUACCUUUAAACUGCUCCCAAUAAAACAAAAAGAAUUGCCGACUCUUCUGAAUUAUUCAAACGAACUCAAAGUUGGUGUGACCAUAGCAAUAUGGAGCCACUAGAGUUGGUGCCCGGAAGGUAUAUCGGAGAAGGACAGCCUUGCUUCAUCAUCGCAGAAAUCGGACAGAAUCAUCAGGGCUGUGUGGAGACAGCUAAGACUCUCGUCAGAAAGGCCAAGGAAAGUGGGGCGGACUGUGUAAAGCUACAAAAAUCUUGCUUGUCAUCGAAGUUCACCCAGGCAGCUCUGGACCGGCCAUACGAAGGUCCACACGCUCUCGGCCCAACUUACGGAGAACAUAAGCAGAAACUCGAGCUCUCCGAGCAGCAGUUCAGAGAAAUACAAGACUAUGCGACGUCAAUUAACAUGCCUCUCACUGCGUCUGCCAUGGAUGCGCCUUCAUUGGACUUCCUGGAUGCAGUGAACGUGCCUUUCAUUAAGAUCGGGUCCGGGGACGUGUGUAACCUUCCGUUGAUCAGGAGAGCCGCAGCAACGAGACGGCCGCUCGUCAUUUCAACCGGCAUGAGUGACUUUGACUGGGUACGCACGGUAUAUCAGGACCUGACCGACAUAUCGCCUGGUACAGCUCUGGUACUCUUGCAGUGUACCUCAUCGUACCCCACUCCUGCGCACCAUGCGCACCUCAGAGUACUUGAUACCUACGCCCAGGUAUUUCCUCGGGCUCAUAUCGGCUACUCCGGCCAUGAGGAGGGCAUAUACAUCAGCGUCGCCGCGGCCGCGAGAGGAGCCAGGGUUCUAGAGCGUCACGUAACGCUGAGCAAGGACCAGCAGGGCAGUGACCACCGCUGUUCGCUGGAGCCCUCGCAGCUGAGGGAGCUGGUGCAGGCAGUGCGGUGUGUCGAGGCUGCCCUCGGAUCACCCCUCAAGGCCUUGCAGCCCUCGGAGGAAGCCUGUCACAGGAAGCUCGGCAAAUCAGUGGUUGCAGCUCGGGACCUCCCCAGUGGACACAUCCUGACGGAGGAAGACAUGGUCGUGAAGGUGGCAGAGCCUCCAGGGGCAUCAGGCAUGAUGUUCUAUUCCUUCGUCGGUAGAAAGCUGAACAAAGAUGUUCCUAUUGACGGCUCCAUCUUGGAAGAAGAUAUUUCUUGAGGAGAAAGAAGUUGUAGCAAAACUAACAAAGACGGACAUAUUGAUUACAAUAAAAGACGAAUCGCAGAAUGGGUUCGUCAACAGAAGAUUACAAUAUAGAGAAAUACAAUACCGUAGCAAUUGGUUGAACUCGGGUUGGAAGGCCAAUAUGAUUUUACGACUAGAAGGGAACUGAAUAGAAAAUGUGCGGGGUAAAUUGUGUAAAAGAAUUCAGUGGCAACCAGAUUAUUUUAUUAUUAGAAAUUUUCUAUACACAGAAAAAAUGAACGAU